AUGGUCAACGAGAUUGACCUUGCUCGCACCGCGAGCCACGGCUCUUCGGAUGCCAAGGGCUCUUCCAAGGAAGAGCUCGCCACGCCUGGCAUCUCUGAACUCCACAACGUCGAGAAGAACCUCAAGGCCGACUUUCUCGACCACCGCAUCAAUGAUCCCAACAUGGCCACUGAAAAGAUCGACGCCGUCGAGCACGUAAUCGAGCAGGGCGACUAUAAGGCCGAGGCUCAGAUCGAGGAGGAGCUCGAGGAGGACUCGCCCUAUCCCGAGGUGCGCGCCGCCGUCUCCAACGUCGACGAUCCAUCCAUGCCCGUCAUGACCUUCCGUACCUGGGUGCUUGGUAUGCUCUUUACCAUUGUCAUUCCAGGUGUCAACCAGCUUCUCAGCUACCGAUACCCCACCACCACCAUCACUUCGUUCGUCGCCCAGCUGCUCGCAUACCCUAUGGGUGUCUUUAUGGCCAAGGUCCUCCCUACCAAAGUGUUCAAGACGCCCUUGGGCAGCUUUACCCUCAACCCUGGUCCUUUCAACGUGAAGGAGCACACUGUCAUCACCGUCAUGAGCAACGUCACCUACCAGCGUGCCUACUCUACGAACGUCUCUGCCGUCCAGCGAAUCCUGUACGGAUUCGACUGGGGCUUUGGCUACAUUAUCCUCCUCACUCUCAGUUCGCAGCUCAUCGGUUUCUCCAUGGCCGGUUUCUUCCGUCGUUGGCUCGUAUGGCCCGCAGCCAUGAUCUGGCCCGGUAACCUUGGUAACACGGCGCUCUUCACCGCCCUUCACCGACAGGUCGACACCGGCUCCGGUCACAUGUCGCGAUACAAGUUCUUCAUGAUCGCCGUCGCCUCUGCCUUCGCAUGGUACUUUGUUCCUGGGUACCUCUUCGCAGCCAUGAGUGUCGGAAACUGGUUCUGCAUGAUUGCGCCGAACAACGUUCCUCUCAACCAGAUGCUCGGUACCCAGCAGGGUCUCGGUCUCAUCCCGCUCACCUUCGACUGGAACCAGUACUCCUACAACGGCAACCCCAUCUACACCCCGUGGUGGGCGCAGGCAAACGUUCUCGGUGGUUUCUUGUUCUGCUACUGCUUCAUCGCUCCCAUUCUCUACUACAAGAACGUCUGGAACUUUGCCUACUUGCCCUUCUCCACCAGUGGUGUCUACGACCGCUUCGGCAACAGGUACAAGACCAAGAAGGUCACCACCGCCGACCACCUUCACUUUGACGCUGCCGGAUACAACGCAUACUCAGAGCAGUACUUCUCGGUCACCUACGCCGUCUCGUUCGCCCUUUCCUUUGCUUCCAUCACCGCCAUCAUCGUCCACGUCGCGCUCUUCCACGGUAAGCAGAUCUACAAGCAGUUCACCACCUCGAUCAACGAGGAGCGCGACAUCCACGCUCGUCUCAUGCAGCGAUACCCCGAGGUGCCCAAGCUCUGGUACGCCAUCCUCUUCUUCAUCUGCCUGGGCAUGGGUAUCGGAUGCACUGCCGGCUACGCCACCGACUUCCCUGUCUGGGCGUUCAUCAUCUCGCUCAUCAUUGGUGCCUUCUUCAUGCUUCCCGUCGGUAUUGUGUACGCCAUCUCGAACGUUGAGGUUGGUCUCAACGUCAUCUCCGAGUUCAUCAUCGGCUACAUGCACCCCGGUUCGGCUACGGGCAUGAUGAUGUUCAAGGUGUUCUGCUACAUGGCUGUCUACCAGGGUCUCUCGUUCACCGCCGACAUGAAGCUCGGCCACUACAUGAAGAUCCCUCCCAAGGACCUGUUCAUUGCGCAGGUGGCGGCGAUCACCGUCAGCGCGUUCGUGACGAUCGGCGUGCAGAACUGGGUCUUCAGCAACAUCAAGAACGUUUGCACUCCCGAGGCGUCCGACGACUUUACCUGCAACUACCUCAUCGUCUUUGGAACUGCCUCGCAGAUUUGGGGUCUGAUCGGCCCUGCUGCUGUCUUCUCGCCAGGCAGGCAGUAUGGCAAGCUCUUGUGGAUGUUCAUGGUCGGUGCGAUCUUCCCCGUCAUCAUCUGGGUUCUCACCAAGAAGUUCCCCCGAUCGUUCAUGCGCAAGGUCAACACCCCCGUCAUCUUCACCGGUACCGGUCUCAUGCCUCCUGCCACCGGUAUCAACUUCACCGCCUGGGCCAUGUGCGGUUUCGUGUUCAACUACCUCGUUAAGAAGUACCGCACCGGAUGGUGGACCCGAUACAACUACGUCCUGGGUGCAGCCCUCGACACUGGUACUGCCAUCUCGGCGGUCAUCAUCUUCUUCUGCCUUAUCUUCCCCUCGGGCCCGCAGAGCGACUUUGCGUCCAACGGCUGGUGGGGCAACGUCGCGCCUUACAACACGGCCGACGGCAACCUGGCUUCGUACCUCACAGCUCCCGAUGCCGGAUUCGCCCCAGCUCCCGCUGACUUCCGACCUUACAACCCUUGA